UAGGCAGCUUCCAGCUGAAAAAGAACAGCAUCUCUCGGCCCAUAUACAAGCCAUGGUUUGGUGAAUUAUAAUCCAAUUCGACCCGAAAUCGGACCCAUCGGCAGCAUGGCGAGGCAGUUCGAGCCUUACGUCCUUCUGGGCUUUGAGGACGAAAGGGUGACUGAGAAAAACAGGCCCUUUGUCGACUACACGACGAAUAAAAUCGGAGGAACGCCUGACUGGCACCCAACUAAAGAACUACCCCUCACCAAGUGCAAACUGUGUGGCUCAAACUUGGCUCUUGUCGUUCAAAUCUACGCUCCUGUUGAGGGCUCCAAGUUCCACAGGACGCUUUACCUGUUUGCUUGCAUUCAGCCUCCCUGUUGGAAUCGACCUGAAAGUUGGCUUUGCGUCCGACAACAAUCCCUGAGUCAAAAUUCACCAGACAAGGAGUCUGAAACCUCACUCAGAACCACAAUUGGCAGCACUUCCUGGGGUGAUGAUGCGGAUAACUGGGGCGCAGACUCCGACGAAGAUGAAAAUCUUCCUUCAGUUGAAGAAGAAAAUGGAAAUGUCAUUUUUCAAAAGCCCCAGAGGCCCCAUGAAGACACAGAUACAGACGAGUCAUGCAGUAUUGAGGAUUUGAGCGACCCCAACGCAAAUUCAGCAGGCGCUGAAGGAGCAUUUGCUGUCGAGUUUAACAGCAAGUGUGCAAUUGCUUCUGCGGAAAUCGAAAUUGGUGACGAGAGUGAGAUAGUCAGCAUUGACACACCAACACAGCCGAGACAAGUUAGCGAACUGUUUUCUCAUCCCUCUAUGCCAACUCCCACACACCCAGAAUUUUUGUCCAGCUUUAUCAGCGUAGCCGAAGAGGUUCCACAAGAGAAAAAAGCUAAAUUAACAGAACAUGAGUUGUCUCUUCUCCAAGCUUAUCAGCAAAGUGAACUGGGUGGCGGUGAUGUGAUUUUUGAUGGCAGAAAAAUGAAAGUCGAGGUUGCCGGUGGAGCUGAAACUACGGGAGAGCAAUAUGAAAAGGAUCUGCCCUCCCACGGUGAUGUUUUAGCCCAUCGAUUUAUUUCAAGGCUACAAGAAAGUCCAGGUCAAGUUUUAAGGUAUGGGUUGGGUGCUGACCCUAUGCUGCUCAAGCCCCUACCCAAGCAAAAGCUGCGCUGCAAUCAGUGUGGCUCUGAUCUCACUUUUGAAAUGCAGCUCCUUCCACCACUGCUGACUUUGCUGCACCUCACACAAGGGGGGCCAGGUUGCCGAAAUGCCCUCGAGUUUGGCAACGUCCUGGUCUUCACCUGUCCGAUGGCCUGCUGGGACCAAAAAGGCUACCAAGAGGAGCGGAUCAUCAUCCAAGCUGAGUGACUUUACUCUUUUUGUCUCAUUGAUUUAAUUUUGCUCAACAAUGAUUUUAACAAUUCAUAUCUGAGGGAUUUGUGAGGUAGGAGGAAGUAUUUUUUUUUUCUUUAAAGUGCAUUUUUAAGUUAACGUUUAUAACUUCAUUUAAAUUAGUAAUGCAGUUCUCAUAAUCUUUGACCGAGGAAAUAUUUCUGUCAAAUGUUGCCCCCUAGUGUACAAUUUAUUCAGAUUUUCAAAUUUGAAUGUUCUUUCCUGUAGCAAGAACAUAUCACAAGACAAUGAAGAGUAGUAUUUCUAAAACUUUGACAUUGUUAUUGUACUUAUCAUUCUGCUCUUUGUCAACGCAUUUAAUCUAGUCACGCAAACUUAAUUACUUGUAAUAUUUAUAAUUCACUGGCUUGUGAAUUAUUGCAAAUUUUCAAUUGCUUGGCAGCAUCACUGCAAAUACAAUAAUAGUGCAGUUUAAGAAUCUUAAUAUUAUCAAUGGACAGAGGUUGUGCGAUUAUAAAAAAUGUACCUCAAACUGACGAGAGUGUACUUGCAAGAAAGCUUAAGGGUUAUUGACAAAGUGUAAUUGUGAUACCAAAUGAAUUUGAGGGAAAAUGCCAAUAUUAUACAACAGGACACAAGCAAACAUAUUUACAUGCAGAGAAUAUCUAUUGGCACUUGUUCUUGUGCAAGAUGAGAUAUUUUGAAAAGAGAAACCCCUAAGAGUUGCGGAAGGUGUGCACUGGAUAAUAUAUUGUAUUUUGAAACCUCCUUUUGAAUCUUUGUAGCUUAGCCAAAUUUAAGAAAUUAAAAAAUACAAAUGAAAUCCCAAUAAUUUUCUGC